UGAGAGAAAAGGACAGUGACGAAUGCGGAAGUGUUUAUGUUGUAACUGGUUUAGUUGGUUUAGUUCAGUGUCGUGUACUCAGAUAAAAUGACCGAAUCUAAAGCGAAAAAUGUCAGCGCUAUUCCAAUCGAUGGAUUCAGCAAUGUUCGCAUCACAUCAUUAUGGAGCUUUCUACAGUCUGUAGACUGGUCUGAACCCUGGCUGAUGGCUCUGCUGGUCUUUCAUGUCUUGUGUUUUGCUUUCACCAUCCUGUCCUGCAAAUACUACCGCGUACAGAUCUGUCAUUUUCUCCUAAUGGUCGCUAUGGUUUAUAGUGCAGAAUACCUGAAUGAGCUGGCAGCGAUGAACUGGAGGUCUUUUUCAAAGUUCCAAUACUUUGAUUCAAAAGGAAUGUUUAUUUCAUUAGUAUACUCAGUCCCACUCUUGCUCAACACUGUUAUUGUUGUGGCUGUGUGGGUAUGGAGGACCUUCUCAACCAUGACAGAAUUAAAGAUAAUGCAAUUAAAGAGAAAAGCUGCCAGAGAGAACAAAAAAAUGCAGUAGAAGACAUGAACAGGAUGUGCUCCAUUUAUAUACUGUCCAGUGGUGGAGGGCAAAUAUAGAGAAAGAAAAGACUGUUUAAGAUGGUGUGAUCAUUAGAAAAUAUGUGUUGGUGAAGGUGCUUAAGUGUUAUUUCAGAAUGCUGAUGGAUGCUCCAUGGAAUAUUUGAUUUGAUCAAAUCAUAAUACUAUCAAACCUAUUGGAGAAAGCCAUCAACUGUAUUAUGUAACCGCUUUGUGUACAUACUGACCAUUCCAGAGCUCAAUAUUGCUUAUUUGUCUGUUGUUAACAUUGAAAAACCCUGUUUUUGUCAAAUGUGUAAAUUGGGUAGUUAUGUCAAUAAACUGAAUGUUUUUUUUAUAGA